CUGAUCCUAUAAAAGUUAAUUCUUUUUCAUACCAGUAUUUUUUUUUCCAGUGCAAAUCCUGUGCCCAAAACUAUGCUUUAAAGUCUGAAAUUGUUAUAGUCACCGUCUACCUGGAAAGAUCGAUCUUUAGCGCCCCUUCCUGGUUAAUCAAAAAAGGCCAAAUUUCCUAACCAUGGACCAGCGUCUACCAGCAGGAUACGGUACGUCAAAUACGCUGAAGCUAUGAGACACGUAUCUCUGCCACGCCACGCUAUUCUUCAUAUUUAAGCACACAAGGAAAUACGCUACGAACAUCCUUUUCUUUUUUUCUUUUUUUAUUUCCCUUAAAAAAGCAGCAUAGAUUCUCCGGAUAAUAUCUUGUCGGUGCCAAUUAUGGAUAUUGAUCCUCGGCAAUACGAGAAUGUCGCCAUUAAUGACAGUGAUAUCCACAACAUUGUCCUGUCAUAUCUUGUCCACAAUUGCUUCAAAGACACUGUGGAAUCUUUUACUUCCUCAACUACAAUGAGGCAGUCAGUUGAUCAUCUCGAGGACAUGGAGAAAAGAAAAAAAAUAUUUCAUUCUGCAUUAGAGGGGAAUGCUUUGGAGGCCAUUGAGUUGACUGGACAGAUUGCACCUGACUUAUUGGAGAAAAAUAAGGACUUACAUUUUGAUCUUUUAAGCCUUCGUUUUGUUGAACUUGUGUGCUCAAGGAAAUGCACAGAAGCGCUUGGAUUUGCUCAAUCAGAGUUGACUCCUUUUGGGAAGGUGCAGAAACACCUGAAAAAACUUGAGGAUUUUAUUGCUCUACUGGCAUAUGAAGAGCCAGAGAAAUCCCCAAUGUUUCAUCUUCUAAGCUCGGAGUACCGGCAGCAUGUUGCAGAUAGUCUAAAUCGAGCCAUUCUUGCACACGCCAACCUGCCGAGCUAUUCUGCAUUAGAAAGGCUAGUACAGCAGAUGACAGUUGUUAGACAAUGCUUGGGUGAAGAGUGUGGAAAGUUUGAUGAUGCAAAACGAAUUUAGAAAGAGCAAAAAGAAGAGAAAGGAAGCAAGGGCAUUAUAUUAGAAGGAUUUGCAUGGUUCACUUGUCUCAUCAUCUUAAAUUGUAAUAUUCAUAAAUGUGGAUUGCCCAAGUCUCAUUGAGAGGAAACUGCAUAAUGGUAGAGUGGCAAUUGAGGCUAGUAGAAACGUCAUUUGAUGUAGGAUUUAGGUGAAGGUUGAAUAUUUUGGUUGCUCAGUGUGUAAGGAACAUACAAUAAUGGAGUACCCUCUAUUCCUUGCUUUGUAGUUUUUGCACGUUUAGUUAUUCAUCCUGGGCUCAAAUUCUGUAUGACUAAUUUUUCUCUGAAUUCCUAGGAAGGGCAUCCGCCAUUUUCUCUCAAGGACUUCGUAAAAAGCUAGUUGAACAGUUUGCCUUGCAGUGGAAGAUGCAGUAUGAGUCAGGAUAAAGUUGCCAUGCAUAUGGUUCUUGUUGAUCUCGAGUUAAUGGACAUCUUGCAGAUUUGCAGUAUAUGGCAAUUGCAUGGCUUCUGUAGUUUUGUUGUUCGAAUGCGAGGGUUCUUCAGUAAAAAGAAGUUUACAAUGCAGUAACCUUCUCCUUCCAGCCUCUGAAACCAAUUUUCUUUUCCUCCUGAAACAUGGCUACCUUCAUCUGGAUUGAUGAAGGCAAGGCCCCAGGGAUCGGUGGCUUUUACUUGUUCCUGACUAUAUAGCGGUGUAGAGCUGUGGGAUGUGGUUUUGCCUAAGGAUUGCUGGUAUAACAGAUUCAAUCAGAUUUUAGUUGUCUUAUCUCCUCUUUGCUUGAACGAUUUAGGUGCUGUCCCAGGUUACCAACGAGAAGUUCUGUGAAAAAUGGGCGGAGGCAUUGCUAUUUUCAAUCGAGCAAAUUCAGCUAUAGAGGAAUAUUUGUUUUUGUUAAAUCGUUUUGUUGUAUAUUCUGUUCAAUAGGUGAGUAGUGUUUAUCUCUGGUGAUGAUUUUUUCUGCAUUUUCACACUCUUUUGAACUCGAUGAAUCUCUGCAAAAGGAACGUCUUUACC